GAAGAAAGGAAGUUCAUUGUGAGCGAAUCUCAGCUACUUGAUCUGUUCAACUGCUGCAAGAUGUGCCAUCGGUUUGCCAGAGCAGAUGUGUAGCAGGUAGUUGGGACCAUGGUCCGGAUUGUUACGGAGUGUAUGUUUUAUGGAUACUCCUGGCAGUGGUGCAGUCAGCCAUCCAUUGGAACCAUACCAGCUGGGAACCUUGCCCUGUCUGCCAGCAUCCUGUUUUCUGGAGCCCUGGCAGCAAAGGUUUUACGUGUCCUGCAGUGUAUGGGGGUUGCCACCAUUUCACGGAGAACCUUCGCCACCCAUCAGUCCUCCAUUUUGUUCCCUUCCAUUGCCCGCGUAUGGAACAGCCAACAGAUGGAGUAUGUUAGACGAUGUCAACAGAAGGGACAGCCCCUUGUCAUUGGUGGGGAUGGUCGAGCUGAUUCUCCUGGUCACUCUGCCAAGUAUGGCUCAUACAGCACCAUUGACUUAGAGGAAGGCAUUGUCAUCGACAUUACAGCUAGUUCAAAGCAAUGAAGUGAAGAACAGCAAUGGCAUGGAAAAAGAGGGACUGGAACGGGCUAUUCAAUGGCUACAAGUCCACGAGUUACAAGUUGGGACCAUCGUCACAGACAGACAUCUCCAAAUCCAGAAAUGGAUCAGAGAGAACUUGCCCGACACUGUGCAUUAUUAUGAUGUCUGGCAUGUAGCUAAAGGCCUUAAGAAGAAAAUUGUUGCAGCAUCCAAGCUUAAGGACUGUGCAGAGCUGGUCAAGUGGUGCAAGAGUCUGACCAACCACAUGUACUGGGUUGCGGCCUCCACACCAGAUGGGAAUGGAGAGGUGAUGUGGGCCAAAUGGGAGUCAGUCGAAAACCACAUCCACAAUGUCCACACCGGCCACAACACUUUAUUUCCAACAUGUGCCCACAGCACCCUUGAAGGCAAUGAGCAGAAGAAGAAGUGGUUGAAAGCAGGAUCAAAAGCCAGUGAGAAGAUGUCAGAUCUGAUACUCUCCAAACAGAUGAAGAAGGACAUCCCGAAGCUUUCCCCCCUCUUCCAGACUUCCCAGAUUGAGGCGUUCCACAGCACCAUCAACCAUUUUGCCCCAAAGAUGGUUUCAUUUUCAUACCAUGGCAUGUAUUGUAGGCUAAUGAUGGCUGCCAUUCACUACAUCGAGAAUGCAUCCAGGUCACAAGCUACUACUAGAGAUGGUGACCUGCAGUACAAGAUAAGUUUCCCAAAAUUUAAGCAGGGCGACUAUAGUGUUCGGAAGGUUACAGUGGAGCCUACAUACGAAUACACAUCAACACUGAUGAAGGAAACCCUAAAAUCAGCUACUGCGACAAUGCUGGAACCCAUUGCCUGCCUGCCAUCAGUGAAGCCACCUCCUCUGUGCAGUGUAUUCAUGCACCCUGAAAAAGAAGAGGCAGUGUGUAAUUUCAAGUCACGGUUUUGUAGGAAGGAGACAAGUGUGUGACAGUUUCGACCUGUAGUAACUAGUUGGACUUGAUAGGAAAUGACAUUGUAUAUAUUGCUAUAGAUAGAUUAGUUGUAAACUUUCCUAGUAUAUAUACAGUGUUUAGUUAUUGUAAAUUGAUAAGUUAGCAUAUUGUGUAUUUUACUCUAGUGACAUUUUGUAGAGACUUUGCUUGUAUAUAAACUCCUGUCCCCUCUUACCCUAUCCCUUGACUCUUUAAUGGGAACAUGAAAGCAGGGUCCACAUCCCGUUCCAUGGUUCAAAUUUAUUUUUGUAGCCGAUACUUUCCUUUUCAUAACUUUACAGUGAAAAGGUUUCUUUUUUCAGUUUUUCAAUAUUUUAGUAGCAUAAUGAUGAUUAAUAACAGUAGGUGUAAUUAGCUUUUCAUAUCCCAAUCACAUGUACUGUGAAUUUUAUUGUUUUUUCUCGAAUAAUGAUUACUACAAAAUUUA